GAAAAUUAUAACUGAUCUUACAGGUGACCAAGUGUGCACGUUUGAUGAGAUGUUGUGGAGCAACGGUAUAUACCCACGCUGCCCUAGUGAUGUGGGCAAGAUCAUGGUUCCGAUCCUAAUGGGCGGCUACAUAAUGGUGGCGAGCGUGCUUCUUCUCAAUGUCCUCAUUGCCAUGUUCACUUAUACCUUCGAGAAAAUGCACGCAGAAACAUACAAACACUGGUGUUUUCAUCGAUAUUCAUUAAUCAGCGAGUACGACAGGAGACCUGUUUUGUGUCCUUCCUUGAUUUUGAUGAACCAUGUGGCCUUACUUUUCAAAUAUGUGUAUAUAAGAUGUUACAAAAAGAACGAUCAACUACGUAUCAGAAAUUUCAACCAAAAGUUGGAAAAAGAAAUUGAGAAUGAGAAUAUGAAAUGGGAGAAAAUUAUUGCGGAUGACUACCAUCUGAAGCGAGAGCGAAGAACGUUAGAGAACAUUCAUUGUAAAGUCGACAGUUCAAAGGAGAUAUUGAGACGAAUUGAAGAGCAGCUUCAGCAGUUGCGCUCCGCUCAUCUAGAGAUGAAACAACAGAUUGAUGAGCAAAGAAGAGCACCAGAGGCUCUGGUUUUCCGUCAUGAACCACGUCUGUAACCAAGAGGAGGGUUGUGUUAACGUAAAUAGAAUGGCGUUAAACUUUAACCGAGUGCUUUUUAACGAAAACAUAGUGAAUAUACAUCAGAACUACACAAACAGUGGACGUUUACGCGAAUCUAGACAUAAAUAAUACCAGUAGCUUCCAGUACAGAUUAUAGGAUAUGAAAAAUAUUUCCGCACAUCACGACCAACUGAUUUAGUUGACAUAGCAAUGAAACCAGAUAAAUAGUCCAUAUAUAGAAAACCCAAAUUAUGAAGCGAGUCAAUCGAAUGUACAGACCUUACAUUGUUCUCGUACUUACAAUAUACCUAUUAAUGUAUUCAGAUGAACUCAUUUGAUUAAUAAAGCUGGACAUCAAAAGACAUAUAUUAGUAGACCUGCAAUACUCCAAGGAUUGUUUCGUAGCCCUGUGCAACACAAUCCGAGAGAAUAGAAUAAUAAAUCCCUGUAAUAUAAAGUAAACAUAUUCAAGUUAGUGUGGUUAAUUUAAAAUGGUGGACACACAGAUUCAUAACUAUACUAAAUAUACUAUUUAACACUUUGGAAAUCGCCUAGUUAAAUUAUAAAGUAUAUUUAACUAGCAAGCAAGACAGAGCAGUUAUAUUAAUAUUAAAUGUUAUUAUAUACUUAUCUUAGGAACAUCAAAUAUACAUUUAAUUCUACUGCUACAUUUUUAAUGAGCAUAUGUCUACAUGUGUAAGCUUUACUGUAUAUGUUGUAUCAUAUUAACACUAGCUCAUACAAAAUGCAUGUUAAAUUUGGCGUUUAUGCCUAUGUUUAUACAUGUACGGUAUUUGCCUUUUUAUACUAUUUAACACUUUUGGAAAUCUCCUAGUUAAAUUAUAAAGUAUAAUUAACUAGCAAGCAAGACAGAGCAGUUAUAUUCAUAUUAAAUGUUAUUAUAUACUUAUCUUAGGAACAUCAAAUAUACAUUAAAUUCUACUGCUACAUUUGUAAUGAGCAUAUGUAUACAUAUCUCUAUGUUUAUAUAUGUACGGUAUUUGCAGUUGAAAACUUUUUAACGCUUUUGGACAUCACCUAAUUAAAUGAUAUAGUAUAUUUUGAAUAACAAGCAAGACAGAGCAGUUAUACUGAUAUUGAAUAUUGUUUUAUAGUUAUCUUAAGAAAACAAAUUAUACAUUUAAUGUUGCUGCCAUAUUUGUAUGGGCAGACGAAUCUAAUCCAAAAAAUUGUUUUAAGUACGCAACCUCUCAUUUUAAGAAUACCCACCUUGAACAAAAACAAAAACAAAAAAAUCAACAAUGUAACCAUGCAACUAUUGUUAACUAUAUUGUUAACUAUAUACAUAUCAUAUAUACCUGUACAAGUAGUGUUUAUUUGCCUUUUUGUUUAGCUUUUUUGUUUGUGUUUUUGUUGUUGUUUUUUUUCUUUGUAAAUUUGAUUGCACAUAUCUUUAUUUACGAUAAUCACUUAUUCUCGUGUGUUCUCGAACUCACCUCUCUGUAUCAACCUGAAAUAAGACUACCUUUCCAACAAUUUUCUAACAUCUAUCAAGCAGGAGCUAUGUGUUUAUCUCUUUUUUUUGUUUUUUCUUCUCACUUUUGUGAUAUUUCUUUUUACUUCUUCAUUUCUAUGGAAAUUUCUGUUUUUUGAAUCCCUAAUUUUUGUUUUCUAUUUUUUCUUUGUAUUUAUACACAUCUUAUGUCUUAAAAUAGAAACCAACUGGACACAAACAUUAUCAUGUAUAUCUUCAUCCACCUCUUCAAAUGAUUAAAUUAUGUACUUUGAAUGCAAAAGGGCUAAACAAUAAAGACAAACGCAUAAAAAUCUUCAAAUGGUUAGACGAAAAAAAUAUAGUAUAUGCCUAUGACAAGAAAGUCACUUGACACAUACUUUAGCACAAAACUUAAAAAAUGAAUGGGACGGAGACAUAUAUCUAAGUGGACAAUAUACUAAUAAACAAGGCAUUGUCUUUCUGAUAAAAAUAAUAUAGGGAUCCUAGUCGAUAACUUUAACGAAAUAAUAAUUGGCAGACAAGCAAGUAUAGAUAUCAAAAUACACGAAACACAAUUAACAUUAAUCAACGUUUACGGCCCUAACAUAGAUGAUUACACAUUCUACGAAACAUUACAAUCCUUUAUAAUUAAUAACCAGGAUAAAAACAUUAUCGUCGGUGGUGAUUUCAAUACUGUUCUUAACCCAUUAUUAGAUAAAAAGAAUGUAAACCUUAAUACUCACUUAAAAAAAGAAACAUUUUAAAUAACAUAAUUGAAAACUAUAAUUUGAUAGACAUCUGGCGUACAGUAACUCCAAACGAAAGCAAAUUCACCUGGCACUCAAACACAAAACCAACAAUAUUUUGUAGAUUAGACUAUUUUGUAAUAUCUGAGUCACUUUGCAACAUAAUUGACACAUGUAGCAUAAAACCAGGAUUUAUGACUGACCAAGCUCUAGUUGAACUUAAACUGCACAAAAUACAACCUGAAAGAGGCCCAGGAUUCUUUAAAAUUAAUAACAGCGUCUUAUUAGAUACACAAUAUCAAACGCAAAUAAAACAAGAAAUACUCAAUACAGUUCAAAAUGAUAAAGAUGCAAACCCAAACACCCUAUGGGAAGUAAUUAAAGGAAAUAUACGUAACACAACAAUUAGAUACACAUCAUUUAUACAUAAAGAAACCCAAAAACUUGAAACUAAAACCAUCAAAAUCAUUGAAACACUUGAAAAACAAUUACAUGAAACAAACACAAACGAUACAAAGGCCAUUGAAAAUGAAAUUACAUCAAACAAACAAGUAUUAGAAGGAAUCUAUCAUACACAGCUAAAUGGAAUUAUACUACGAGCACGUGCACAGCAUGUUGAACACAAGGAAAAAAAUACAAAAUACUUCGCAAACAUUGAAAAACGUAAAAGUGAACAAAAAAUUGUACACAAACUAGUUGUUAAUGGCGAAGAUAAAACAAACAGAUCUCAAAUACUAGAAGAACAACGUUCAUUUUUCGAAACCCUCUAUAAACGAAAACAUGUUGAAAAUAACACCCUUUUUAAAAUUACACAUCAUGCCUUUUAUCAAGAAGAAAAAUUAUUGUGUGAUGGAUUACAUAAUGAAUAUGAAUGUGGACUAGCACUUAGAGAAAUGCAAAAUAACAAAAAUCCAGGAUCUGAUGGAAUCACAAUCGAAUUUUAUAAAAUAUUCUGGAAUGAUAUUAAAACACAUUUAAUUAAUUCACUAAACUAUUCAUUUAACAACGAAAACUUAACUACGCUACAAAAACAAGGUAUAAUAUCACUCAUUCCAAAACCUGGAAAAAACUUAGAAUCCUUAUCAAACUGGCGCCCGAUUAGUCUACUGAAUAAAGAUUACAAAA